GGGCGCUCCGUCGCGCUCUGUGCUGGGAGCGGCAUCAUGGCGGGCGCCGGGCGGGCGGGCUGCGGGCCCUGAGGCGCCGCCAUGUACUCGGCUGCCGCCGCCGCCGCCGCCUCCUCCUCUCCGCCGCGACGGGACUUCAUCUCCGUCACCCUCAGCCCGGAGGAGGCGGUGGGCGUCGGCGGCUAUAACAACAGCAAGGCCUGGAGGCGGCGCUCCUGCUGGCGGAAAUGGAAGCAGCUGUCUCGACUACAGCGGAGCGUCAUUCUCUUUGUGUUUGCCUUCUUGGCUGUCUGUGGAGUCAUUUCCUACACAAGCAUGGGGGAACCGUGGAAAAGUCUAACAAACAAACCAUUGGAUGAGCAGAAAACAGAACCAGAAAUCCCCGGAUUAAAGCUGGCGAAUCCAGCUGUUCUCCCAGCACCACAGAAAGCAGAAGCCAACCGUGGAGACUACCCGCAGCUUUCACCACAGAAGCCUCCAAAGCCGCCUCAUGUUCGGCGCGGUCCUUCCAACCUUCAGAUCAAACCACCGCGGAGGGACGCGGGGCCGAGGACCCGCCAUGACACCAGCAGCGUUGGACAAGAGCCGGUCCACGCUGCUCAGAAUGAGAAAACAGAGAAAUCUGUCAUCAGCUGGAGAGGAGCAGUGAUAGAGACCGACCAAAGCACUGAACCUCCCUCGAGUAAAAUAAAGGAACCAGAAAAACCUUCGUCAGUGGAAGCCGAAGACCAGAAGGAACCAGUGCCCAUCAAUGACCGCCAGCUGGCCGUGAUCGAGGCGUUCCGCCACGCCUGGAAGGGAUACAAGGAGUUUUCCUGGGGCCACGAUGAGCUGAAGCCUUUGUCCAAGUCCUACAGCGAGUGGUUUGGACUUGGCCUUACCUUAAUUGACGCCUUGGAUACCAUGUGGAUUUUAGGCUUAAAAGAAGAGUUUGAAGAAGCAAGAAAAUGGGUAGCAAACGAUUUAGUAUUUGAUAAAAAUGUGGAUGUGAACCUGUUUGAGAGCACGAUCCGUAUCCUGGGGGGCUUGCUGAGCACCUACCACCUCUCUGGAGACAGCCUCUUCUUGGAGAAAGCCAAAGACAUUGGGAACAGGCUCAUGCCAGCGUUCAAGACCCCGUCCAAGAUCCCGUAUUCGGAUGUGAACAUCGGCCGGGGCACCGCGCACCCGCCCCGCUGGACGUCCGACAGCACUGUGGCCGAGGUGACCAGCAUUCAGCUGGAGUUCAGGGAACUCUCUCGUCUUACUGGAGAUGAGAAAUUCCAGAAAGCUGUAGAUGAGGUGAUGAAGCACGUUCACACCCUCUCAGGGAAAAAUGAUGGACUAGUGCCUAUGUUCAUAAACACCAACAGCGGGCAGUUCACUCACUUGGGUGUCUACACCCUGGGAGCCAGAGCUGACAGCUACUACGAGUAUUUGCUCAAGCAAUGGAUUCAGGGAGGGAAGAAGGAAAACGAGCUGUUGGAAGACUAUAUGAGAGCCAUAGAAGGGGUGAAAAAGCAUCUUGUGCAGAGGUCACAGCCCAAGCAGCUCACUUUCGUGGGAGAGCUCGCCCAUGGCCACUUCAGUGCCAAGAUGGAUCACCUGGUUUGCUUUUUGCCCGGUACUUUGGCGCUGGGGGCUCACAACGGGUUGACGGCUGAUCAUAUGCAGCUGGCCGAAGCUCUUAUAGAAACCUGUUACCAGAUGUACGCUCAGGUGGAGACGGGCCUGAGUCCAGAGAUCGUACACUUCAAUCUUCAUGCAGAAAAGGGCCACAAAGAUGUGGAAAUCAAGCCUGCAGACAGGCACAACUUACUGCGGCCAGAGACUGUGGAAAGCCUUUUCUAUAUGUACCGCUUCACGGGUGAUAAGAAAUACCAAGACUGGGGCUGGGAAAUCCUGCAGAACUUCAAUAAAUACACGCGGGUUCCUACAGGCGGUUACACCUCCAUUAACAAUGUCCAGAACCCCAGCAACCCAGAGCCACGAGAUAAGAUGGAGAGCUUCUUCCUCGGGGAAACACUCAAAUACAUGUUUCUACUGUUCUCAGAUGACAUAGACUUGAUCAACCUCGACAAAUACGUAUUUAACACAGAAGCUCAUCCGCUCCCUAUCUGGGUGCCGGCGUAGACUGGGGGUCAGUUGACCUUCCAAUGGUGGCGUUUUUAUCUUCAAGUCACUUUACUGUUCAGGGUUUGAGGAGAGAUGCUAUAGUGCACCUUUUCUUUUGGCUUAAAACAAAACAACCUUUGGGAAAGCAUCUCUGGUUUGGAGAAAUCAUGUCAGUCUUAAAUCUAAUCCCUGGUUCGGGGAUGGACAAGCUGUGCCAUACUGAGCUGGUUUUCCUCGUAUUGAUGAUGAGGUCCAGAGAAUAAUUGUAGCGCGGACCACGACGUUCAUGGGGCUCUGGUGAACCAGAACUCGCAUGUGUCAGUCUUACUAAACGCUCAUUAAAUAUCAGGAAUGCAGCAAGUUGUCUGACAGCACAGGACUGUCCCCGGAGAGAAAGAACAAGCCCACAGGUUCCUGGUUUAUUCUGGAUUCACCGAAACACUUGGUUACUGCGCCGUUCCGCCGGAAGAGCGCCCGGUGUUUCAGGUGGUAAGUGGGAUAAACUAAAGAACCGUCGCGUUGUCCGGGCAGCGCUGAGCUGUCAGCAUUGCUGCCCACGCUCUGGUGUCGUUGUGACCGAGCUCUGCUGCAGCACAUUGGGAGCAGCAAAGCGUCCGUUGAACAGUGUCUUAGUUUUAUAGAGCACUUUGAACCGUCAGUUCAAGCCGUGGCUGAAACGAAUGAUGGAAGAGAAUUUGCUGCUGGUUUGGCUCAAAGUGGUGUCUAAUUUUGUAGAGCUGUUGCGGUUUUUUAACUUAUCUGCAGGAAUGCAGGAGAUAAUGUGAAACGCAAGUGAAACUACACAUGCAUUUUCUGUGUUAUUUGCGUCAGUUAGACUCAGGUAUUCUGACUGAAAGCUGCUUUCUGAGGCUGGGCACCGGGAAGGCUUGUGAGCACAUUGGGUGUCAUUGUCGUCCGCCUCCCUCGUCCCUUCGCAUCCACCAUUGCAAACAGACCUACACCUGUACCACAGACAUUCAUCGUUUUUUGAACUGUGGAGAAGUUUUCUUCUUUUUUCUCCUUAGAAACACUUUGGGUAGAACUAUUUUCAUUAGUAUGAAAAGCAGACAGUCUGAGUGUAUUACAAUUCCUGGUCCAAAUAGAAUUAGUGACAUCUCUUCGGUUGCUUGAAGACAAAACAGACCCAGGUGUUUUUUCAGAAUCUUCUGUCAGCCCUGGGAUCUUUCAUUUUUAUAUGUGCAAAUAGGUUACAAACCAUGAAUUUGGCAGUCAGCUUUCUGUAGUGCUUUUCCUUUUGGUUUUGUGGCUGCUUGGACAGUCCUGUAUUCACAGAUGAGUUCUCAGAAGUGUACUUGUUCGUAUUUCUUACAGAGGUUCUCACCAGAACGUCCCUUCCCGUCACCAGCGGGAGUGGCGGGAAGGGGCUGGUUUGUGGUGGACAGUCCCCUCCGAACCUGGGGCUGAUAGACGGAACUAAUUAAAUCUGAUUGUAAUGAUUAACUUGCCGGUGGCUGAGGGGGGUGUGUGUAUUUUAUAGUAUUUGUAAAGUCAGAUGCAUCUCCUUGUUUUAUGCUGAUCAAUUCUGUUUGCUGGAGUCAGAAGUUACCCUUGGGACCACUAUUUAAGUCUUCUAAAGAGUAUUUAUCAUUCCCUGUACUAAUGAUGGCUUAUGGAAAUGGAGAAAUGCCACAGGUUCUUUAAACGCACGGGUUUGUGUCAUCAGAGAACUCUGGGAUUUGCAAAGCAUGACAGGUUUGUGCAGAAGGUUCACGUGCCACCAGCAGCCCUGGACGCUGAUGUCUCCCGUACACGUGCCACGGAGCCCCGGGGCGGUUGCCUUGUCUGCACAACCGAUCUGCUCGUAAGGCUUUUGUUUUGUUUGACAUAACAGCCAAGAAGGAAAAUGCUGUAGAAACGUGGGAGGAAACACCUGCAGUGGGUUUGUUUGUGGAGGUUUGUGUUACUGAGGAGCUGGGCGCUGCCUGAAAGCCGGAGGCUUAAAACGAGGUUAAACAAAACAAAGACAAAAUCAGUGAAGCUCCCCAGGCCCUACUGACUUGUGUUGCUUGGGCCUUCUGCCCUCAAUUGAAGCUCGUGUUGAUUAAUUAGUUAAUCAUUUCAUUAAUGAGUUUGCUAUGGUUUGUAAAACUCCCAGAGUUUUUUGUAGAUUUCUUAGGCAGUGGAACACAUACCAACGCUCACCAAAAAUCUUCUGUUGUUGAAGUCUUAAUAUAAUUGACUCUACAAAUGGGACUGCGGGAGUCUGUGUUGUAAUUUUUUUGCCUUAUGAUUGGGUUGAGAGUAAUAAUCCAUUUCAUAAUGAGUUGAAAGAAAGAAUAAAUCAUCACUUUCCCAAACACAA